CAGUUGAGUCAAGGGAGGGAGUGCUUGCGGCUCAUUAUUACACACGGAUGUGCUGAACUGUCCGUGACAACCAUCCAAAAACACGCCACACGACCCAAAGAGUGCGUCCCGAGUCGACCAGAGACGGUGGAGGUGUCGUGUUGGCUUGUUUUUGUUGUAUGUCAGCAGAAGAUUGUUGAGCCGAAGGUGGGAUUUCUCCUCAGAAAGCACAGUUUAGUCCACAAGGAUGGCUUCUCGUAAAAAGGUGCUCCUGAAGGUGAUCAUUCUCGGGGAUUCUGGUGUGGGGAAGACUUCUCUGAUGAACCAAUAUGUCAAUAAGAAGUUCAGCAAUCAGUAUAAAGCCACUAUUGGUGCAGACUUUCUUACCAAGGAGGUGAUGGUGGAUGACAGGCUGGUGACAAUGCAGAUCUGGGAUACAGCAGGACAGGAACGCUUCCAGUCUUUGGGUGUGGCUUUUUACCGCGGGGCAGACUGCUGCGUGCUGGUGUAUGAUGUGACUGCGCCGAACACCUUCAAAACCCUGGACAGCUGGAGGGACGAGUUCCUCAUUCAGGCCAGCCCACGAGACCCAGAGAACUUCCCCUUUGUAGUCCUUGGCAACAAAAUUGACUUGGAGAACAGACAGGUGACAACGAAACGAGCCCAGGCGUGGUGUCAGAGCAAAAGCAACAUCCCGUACUUUGAGACCAGCGCAAAAGAGGCCAUCAACGUGGACCAAGCUUUCCAAACGAUCGCUCGCAACGCCCUCAAACAGGAGUCUGAGGUGGAGACGUAUGACUUCCCAGACCAGAUUAAACUGAGAGAUGACAGACCCGUGUCCUCUGGUGACGGCUGCAGCUGCUGAGAUGGAGCAGCUCCCGUAUGGAGACGGAGGGGACCAGAGACGCAGAGGAGAGCCAGCGCGGGACGGACCCCGAUCCCGAUGUGCAAAACAUCCAGCAUUCAGAAGAAAACACUUCCUUUCCAAACUUGUACGUAAAGAACUGUUAGGAAUUUAAAGAAACUCCCUGCUACAGCAUCACUUUUAAUAUAACUACCUUUAAGGAUAUUAUUUCUAUGAGAAAGAUGAUAGUUAUUUCUAUUAUUUACGAGUGAUUUUUUUUUUUUUUUUUUUU